GUCGCGAGUAGCACAAAAAAGCCGAAGUAAAUAAAUAACAAAAUAGUAAAUAAAUUAAAAUUAAAAUUAACAUAACAACGACUACUCACAAAGAAUUGCCAGUAUAUGAUGAAGAGGUAUUCUAUUGCUCCAUCAUCGUCUAGAAGAAAGUCGACUAUAAGGCCAAGUUUUGGAGAUGAUAGUGGUAAUAGUAGUAAUUCUAGUGCUCGAGAAGAAUUAGAAAGAUUAGAACAAGAAACAACUUUAGUACUACAAGAAAUUGAUAAAAAUAUUUCUCGAGCUAAUGCUAUAAUAAAUGAUCGAUUAAUUCCUAUAAUUAAAGAUUAUUCUGAAGAAAGUAAAAAAGUUUGGAAUAAUGCAGGAUUUUGGAAAGUAUUCUUUGAACAAUCAGCUAAUGUAGAAUUAAAUAGUUAUGAAGAUCCAAUAAAUUUAGAUGCAGCUGUUAAUACUAUAAAUAAUGCAAGAGUUAAUCUUUUUAAUGAUGAUGAAAUUGAUAGUGAAAAUGAACCUGAUGAUGAUGAUGAUCAACAAAUCCCUCUAGGUGAGAAAGAAAUUGAAGAAAAGAAUCAUGGUAACGAAUUCAUUAAACCAAUUCUGAAACCAUUACAAAUCGAAGAAGAAACUCCUACUUGGUCUACUGAUCAAGCAAAAGUUCAACAAAAACAUAUACAAUCAUCUACUCCACAAACUCAUAAACGUCCUUCAUCAUUAGUACCAAGUUAUAAUAGAUUAGCUAAAAGAUAUGAUUCAAAUGAUAGUUUAGGUAUACAAAAUCCUCCUAUAUUAACAAGUAUAGAAUCAUCAAAUUCCCCAAUAAAUCGAUCACCUGGAAAAAUUCAAACUAUAAGACAAUCUCUUGAUGCAUAUCAUAGAGUUUCAAUAUCACCUAAAAAGAAUUGGUCGACUCCACGUCCAAUCGAAUUAGAUAAUCAAAAUAAACGAUCUUCACUUAUUCAAGAAUUAUUAUCAUCUCCAACUUUACCAGAACCUCCUAUAUUACAAUCUGAAAUAGGUAAUUAUCCUUCAUCAUCAUCAGGAAGAGCUAAAAGUCAAGAACCUCUUGAUGGUGCAAGAUUCUCACCAAUUUUAGUUGAAUCAGUGUUUUCUCCUGAAAAGAGAGCUAGAAAUACAAUUUCACCACAUAAAUCUCAAGAAAAUACCAUGCAAAGAUUUCCAACAACUCCUAAAUUUGUAGAAAGAUUAAGUGGAGGUAAAGUUGAUAUAAUGAAUACUCCAUUAGGGGUCAGAUUAAGAUUUGGUGAAGAAGAAGAUAGUGAUCUUCAACCUCCUGAAUUACAGAAUAUUGUAUUGACAACUAGUGAAAAGGAUAAAGAUAAAGAAAUAGAUAUAGAAGAUAUACCGGUUCCUCAAUUAGAAACCAUUGAAGUAGGAUCAAAGAAAAGAAAUACAUCAUCUGAUAAUACACCUAAUAAGAAAGCUAAGCCAUUGGAAGUAGGAGAUGAUAAUGAGAAUGUCUUUUUAGAAACUAAUUCUAAUAGGGGUCAAUCAGCAGGAUCGACUAUCUAUCAUUCAUUAAUAAAUCAGAAUGAUAAUAAUAGUCCUUCUAUAGAAAAUACAAAUCAUUCCCAUCAAUCACAGUCCAGAUCCAUCUCUCAAGUAUUUGAUGAAGUAAUUUCACGAAUAGCUAAUAGAACUUCAACAACUCCAAAGAAAACAGUGACUACAACUACAACUGCAACUACUAAUACAACUACAAAUGCUGAUUCUGCUUCAGGUUCAGCAUCUAAUACUGCGGGAGAAGUUACUGACUUAUUCAAAGAUGUAACCCCCAAUGAGGAGAAUAUUAGUAUAGAUAAUACAGAGAAUACUGGUGAUUUAGGACCUUUAAGGGAAAGAUGGAGAAAUCUAAGUAAGAGAGACUGAGAGAUAAAUACAGUGUAACAUUAAUUUAAUCGUAUGUAUAUUCAAAACAAAUGCAGUAAUACAUAAACAUCAAGC